CUGUAUCUGCUCCAAGCCCUGGCUAAGCACCUUACCUAAACCCUGGGCAGGGCCUGGAUGUGAGAUUCCCGAAAAUCAGAGCCCAGCAUCAACGCUGGCUCCUUUCCCACGGGAAGGAGCUGUUGGGUGAUGCAGGAGCUCCCUCCCUCUGCCUGACGCAUCCAGCUCGGAUCCUUGCGAAAGAAUUGCUCAACCGAGGGAGCCGGGAAGCCCCAGCUGGGUGUUACAAGGUCCCGGCUCCUUGCAGGGUUUCCCAAUCGCUGUGUUUUCCCCCCAGGCUGGGAAGAAGCCCCUCUCUCCCACCACAGCACCUCGGUGGGUGCUCUCUGUAGCUGCGUGGGGUAUUCCAGGGGUUCCUCAGCUUUUCCUGGAACUAGUGGGACCCAGGGGAUGCAAACAGGAUAUAGAUGAUCCAUGGAAAAGCAGCGUUUUGGUGAGGUUUUUGGCACCACAGGCUAUCACAGAGGUCUAGGGGCUUGGCCUCAUCGUGGUCCUGAGCAAAAUAAAUUUGCAGUUUUCUGGACGUCAUCCUUGGAGGAAACUCUUCUCCUGCAGAAAACUGCACGUCUGUUUUUCUCUGGCUGGGAAUGACUUUUAUUCCCUCGGUGCAGUCUUUAGUGUCUAAGGAGGAUCUGAAUCUCACAGGUUACACCUCAGGGACAGUUCAAGGGUGAGUGGAUCCCGCAGUCACAGUGCCUGGGGGAGGAUGUCAGUCUCCUGGGGCAAACCAGAGCGUGAUGCUCCUGGACAGGCAGCCAUAAAUUUUUGGGAGUGAUGCAACCAGUGCACUUUAUCAAUCCUAGAAUCACAGAACCAGAGAAUAUCCCGAGCUGGAAGGGAUUACUGAAGUCCAGCUCUGGACACCGAAGUCCAACCUUAGCUGUGUGUUGUGUGGUGGGCUUCACCACAAAAGCACAAAUUAAAGAAACACUGUGGAUUUGAUAAAUGAUCAUUACAAAUCCCCACAUCACACAUCCGUGAUAUAAACACUUCUGAAUCCCGGCGUUGUGCUGACUGGAGCAUUUCCUAAGGAGAGCCAUCCCAGCCUGGAAGUUUACAAACAGGCUCGCCCACGCGCGCAACCUGUCCCUGGCCAAACACCUUCCCUGUCUCCCCGCCGCCGCUCCUCCCGCAGCAAUCCUUCGGAGGGCGGAGGAAAAACCCCAACCUGCUCUUCAGGUGCCCAUCGAGGUGUGCCUCGUGUCGCAGCCGGGUGUCACACACAGCCAGCCUUCCCGGCCGGCUUUUAUGGGAGCAGCUCGCAGGGCGCGCACCUCCCCGGGGCUCCGGCGGCCGAGGGAAGGCGUGACUUGGCGGCGGCUCCAGGUGCCUCUCUCUCCCUGCAGGUAACCCCGAGCUGCCGGGGAGACGGAGCCAGCCCUGCUGCUGCUCCCAAGCCGCUGGCCCCGGUGCUCCCAAGCCGCUGGCCCCGGUGGUGCCACCCCGCUGGCCGCUCCGCCGCGAUGGGCGAAGGGAGCAUCAUCACCAAAUUCUUCCAGAAAAAGUCGCUCCUCCGCUUCGUGCAGAAAUACCAGCCCCUGGGAAGCGGCGAGCCGGAAGAGGAGCCCCGGGAGGAGUGUGAGCUGAAAAUCAUCCAGCAGGAGCAGGAGGUGGCAGUCCUGCCCCCGAAGGACGCCUGUAAAUGCCACAAGGAGGACUUGGCCAGAGCCCUGAACGUUGAUUUACAGACUGGACUCUCUGAGUUUUCCGUGCUCCAGCGCCGGUCAAAACACGGCUGGAAUGAAUUUUCAGUAGAGAACACAGAGCCAAUAUGGAAGAAAUAUCUGGACCAGUUCAAAAACCCCCUCAUCCUCCUGCUGCUGGCCUCAGCUCUAGUGAGCGUCAUCACCAAGGAGUACGAGGACGCCGCGAGCAUCACCAUGGCCGUGCUCAUCGUGGUCACCGUGGCCUUCAUCCAGGAAUAUCGCUCGGAAAAGUCUCUGGAAGAGCUCAACAAGCUGGUGCCCCCCGAGUGCAACUGCCUAAGGGAAGGAAAACUGCAGCACCUUCUAGCACGAGAGCUGGUGCCUGGAGACAUCAUCUACCUGUCUGUGGGUGACAGGGUUCCUGCAGACCUCAGGCUCAUAGAGGUUACAGAUCUGCUGGUGGAUGAAUCCAGUUUUACUGGAGAAGCUGAGCCUUGCAACAAGACUGAGGGUGUGCUGCUGGAGGCUGGGGACAUCACCACGCUGAGCAAUGUGGUUUUCAUGGGGACCCUGGUGCGCUACGGGAAGGGAAAAGGCGUGGUUAUUGGCACGGGUGAGAAUUCCCAGUUUGGCGAGGUGUUCAAGAUGAUGCAGGCUGAGGAGACUCCCAAGACACCUCUGCAGAAGAGCAUGGACAGGCUGGGGAAGCAGCUGACCCUGUUCUCCUUUGGGAUCAUUGGUUUGAUAAUGCUCAUUGGCUGGCUGCAAGGGAAGCAUCUCCUCAGCAUGUUCACCAUUGGAGUCAGCCUGGCCGUGGCUGCCAUUCCUGAGGGGCUGCCCAUCGUGGUCACCGUCACCCUGGUGCUGGGAGUGCUGCGCAUGGCCAAGAAAAAGGUGAUUGUGAAGAAGCUGCCCAUAGUAGAAACCUUAGGUUGCUGCAAUGUCAUCUGCUCGGACAAGACGGGCACUCUGACUGCCAACGAGAUGACGGUGACACGGCUCGUGACCUCGGACGGCUGCCAGGCUGAGGUCAGUGGGGUGGGCUACAAUGGAGAAGGAAAUGUUUAUCUUCUGCCAUCCAAGGAGAUCCUUAAAGAAUUUUCCAACAUCUCCGUUGGGAAACUCGUGGAGGCUGGCUGUGUAGUCAAUAACGCUGUUAUCAGGAAAAACAGUGUGAUAGGACAACCCACAGAAGGAGCUCUCAUUGCCCUAGCAAUGAAGAUGGAAUUAGCUGACAUAAAGGACAUUUAUGUAAGAAAGAAGGAAAUUCCAUUCAGCUCUGAGCAGAAGUGGAUGGCUGUGAAAUGCACACUGAAAAAUCAGGAUCAGGAAGAUAUUUACUUUAUGAAAGGAGCAUUUGAAGAAGUUAUCCAGCACUGCACUCUGUACAACAGUGGUGGCAUCUCGUUGUCACUCACACCCCAGCAAAAAGCCCUCUACCAGCAGGAGGAAAAGAGAAUGGGCUCCUCAGGACUUCGAGUACUUGCUUUGGCUUCAGGUCCAGAACUUGGCAAACUAACAUUUCUAGGUCUGGUGGGAAUAAUUGAUCCCCCAAGGGCUGGGGUGAGAGAAGCUGUGCAAAUCCUGUUUGAGUCUGGUGUGGCAGUGAAGAUGAUCACUGGAGAUGCCCUGGAAACAGCUGUGGCUAUAGGACAGAACAUUGGUCUCUGCAAUGGGAAGCUGAAAGCCAUGUCUGGGGAAGAGCUGGACCAACUGGCAGAGGCAGAGCUCUCCUCCACUGUCCAAAAUGUUUCCAUUUUCUUCAGAACAAGUCCAAAGCACAAACUAAAAAUAAUAAAGGCCUUGCAGAGGGCUGGUGCUGUGGUGUCAAUGACGGGGGACGGCGUCAACGACGCCGUGGCCCUGAAAUCCGCCGACAUCGGGAUCGCCAUGGGGCGAGCGGGGACAGACGUCAGCAAAGAGGCCGCCAACAUGAUCCUCGUGGAUGAUGACUUCUCCAAAGUCAUGAAUGCAAUAGAAGAGGGAAAGGGAAUAUUUUACAACAUAAAAAAUUUUGUCCGAUUCCAGCUGAGCACGAGUAUUUCAGCUUUGAGCCUAAUUACCCUGUCAACAGUGCUCAACCUACCCAACCCACUCAAUGCUAUGCAGAUCUUAUGGAUCAACAUCAUCAUGGAUGGGCCGCCAGCACAGAGCUUGGGGGUUGAACCUGUUGACAGGGACACCAUCAAGCAGCCCCCCAGGUGCAUCACAGACACCAUCCUCAGCAAAUCCCUGAUCCUGAAAAUCUUCAUGUCAGCAAUCAUCAUCAUCAGUGGAACCCUCUUUGUCUUCUGGAAGGAGAAUCCAAAAGGGGGCAUAACUCCUCGAACCACAACGAUGACCUUCACCUGUUUCGUGUUUUUUGACCUCUUCAAUGCCCUGACAUGUCGCUCUCAGACAAAGUUGAUAUUUGAAAUCGGCUUUUUCCGAAACCGCAUGUUCUUGUAUUCCGUGCUUGGGUCAUUUUUGGGACAGCUGGCAGUUAUCUACAUCCCUCCACUACAAAAGAUCUUCCAGACAGAGAAUUUAGGAGUGUUAGACCUGCUGUUCCUCAGCGGCCUGGCUUCCUCAGUGUUCGUGGUGUCCGAGCUCGUCAAACUCUGUGAGAAGCGCUGCUGCCCCCCAAAGCACACCAAGGGAUGUCACAACUGACUGAGACUGCUCUGAAAUGCACCUGAACACAGCUGUGACAAUCCCAACCCACAGCUUUGUGACCCCACAUCCUUCCUGAAGGUACUCAAGUGCAGCUGUACCAACAGCCCUUACACCAGAGACUCUUCUACCCCCUCCACGUGAGCUGUCUGCAGAAACCUCCAGAGUGGCUCCUUUUUUAAACCAAGAGCAGGUAUAUUUUUAUAACACUGAUCUCAAUUCCAGAAGGCUGAGCUAGUCCCAGGCAAAAGAACAGUUUCACAUCUGUACAGAAAAAUCUAUUGUGCAUAAACUGAAAUUUUAUUUAUUUAAAUCAAAACCAUUUUUAUUAAUAAAAUCUACAUUUUAAAAUGUUACUGACAAGUAUCUGAGUGAGACUCAUGAUUGAGACACGUCCUUUAAUAUUUCAUUACAAGAGUGGAAAAGACCUGCCUUGAAGCAUUUUUUUCCUUCAAUCUGUAGUGUUUGUGGAUCCCCAGAUAUGCAGGCUUGACUCAGCAAGACUUUCAAGGAAACUGUGGGGAGCAGAGAGCUGAAGUGCCAACCCUCAGCUGUCAGUUUUUGUACCUGUGUGACUGACAGGAGAAGAAGGGAAGGCUGAUCAGACCCAAUUCACAGGAGAGGAUGGAUUUAACGGGCAAGGGACUCGCUUCCAAAGAGCCUGGGAAUAAAGAUGAGUCAGGAACAGAGCAGGGAUGCUGGGCUUUGCAGCUGGGCCAAAACUGCACAAAAGGGACUGAGCUGUUCAGAUCAUAGCUAAGCCCACUGCUGACAAAAGCUUUCUGGAUA